AUGCAGUCACCUGGAGGCGCGGAUGGUCUCAACUCCCUCAGAACAAGUAUAAAGGAGAGCGUUCGCAAUGAGGACAUUGUCCUAUGGCACACGUUUGGUACGACUCAUAACCCGAGAAUAGAGGAGUGGCCGGUCAUGCCAGUGGAAAGGAUGAUGGAUAGCUUGAAGCCUGUCAACUUCUUCACCCGUAACCCUGCUAUGGAUGUGGCUAUUAGUAACCAAUCGACUGCUAGCCUCAAAAUGGGUUGA